AUGCGGGGACCUGCCUGGGGUUCUCCAGACACCGCAGCCACACCGGUGGCUCACGUCAGGGCUGGGCCGAGCCCAGCUCGUUCCGAGGGCAGCACAGCCGGUGCCGUCCUGCCCGGCACCUCUCCCUCGUCCAGUAAAGGGCUGCGGGACCUGCAGCAGCUCUCCCGGCCCCAGGAGUGGGGCGGGCAGAGCUGGAGGGAGGUGCUGCCAGCCCCGCAGGUGUUUUGCAUGUGUAUGGCAGAGACCCCCGAGUUCUCCUCCCCUAUCCCGCUCCUUCCCAGCGGCAGGCGCAGCCCCGGGGCCUCCCGCCCGUCCACACCUCUCGGCGCCGGGGCCGGGCGCGAUCGCGAUCGUGCAAACACAAACAACAUUGCCUGGGCAGACCCGAGCCGCGCUGACAUCACCGGGCGGAGGGAGCUGGCCCCGGGUGCUGUCACAGAAGCUGCGGUGGCUGCGGGCAGGGAGAGCCCCGUGGCCACAGCCCGGAGGCCGUGGCUGACCGCUGCUCCCGGAGCCCGGCACGCCCCUGCGGCAUCGCAAGCAGCCUUCAGCCUCGCAGCGUUCACGGCCCGGUGCCGCGGCUGUGAGUCCUGGGAGCUGUGCAAGGCGUGCAGUGGGAGGAUGGAGAGCCAGCCAGCAGUGAAUGGCCACGCUGUUCCCUGCUCUCCUGGGGAGGACAUGUCAGGGACAAACCACCUGUGCCAGGACAUGAUGCCGUGCAAGCAUCAGAGAGCAGCUGGUGGGAACGUGGGUGCUCCCAGGGAGCCCCCGGACACAGCGGGCAGCAUUGCAGGAGUGUUCGUAGAGGCUUCAAAGAGGAUCAUGAGCUUUUAUGAGGCCACCAGAGAGCAUCUGCUGAGCCUGGAUUCCGCCCUAUGCCUCCUGGAGGCCCAGGCAGCCACAGGCUCCAUCCCCGAUCCGGUGGGGAACCGUCGUGUGUCCGUGGCAGAAGCUGUGCGGAUGGGGCUGGUGGGGCUGGAGCUGAAGGAGAGGCUGCUCUCGGCAGACAGAGCUGCUACUGGCUUUGUGGACCCAUAUACAGAGGAGAAAAUCUCCCUGUACCAGGCGAUCCAGAAGGAGCUGGUGGGGAGGGAGCAAGGCAUCCGCCUGCUCCAGGCCCAGAUAGCAACUGGAGGCGUCAUCGACCCAACCACUGGUGGCCGGCUCCCACCAGGUGUGGCCUGUGAGAGAGGAUAUUUGGAUGAAGAGAUGAGCCAGCUCAUCUCUGACCCCAGCAAUGAGGACAGCAGGGCAUUCCUUGACCCUAGCACCAUGGAGAAGGUCACUUACUCGGAGCUCAGGAAGAGGUGUGUCGUGGAUCCAGCCUCAGGCUUCCUCCUCCUGCCGCUGCAAAUCACAUUCCCAGGGCUGGGAGGGAGGGUGAGCAGCAGGGACCUGAUGGACUCUGGUAUCAUCAGCCCCGAUGUGUUCCGAGGCCUUGAAGAGGGAAAGAUUUCUGCCCAGGAGGUGGCAGAGAAUGACAUCGUUCAAAACUUUCUGCAUGGUACCAGGAGCGUGGCUGGUGUUGUUCUGCCCUCCGGGGAGCAGAAAAGCCUUUACCAGGCACUGAGGGAGCAUCUCCUGGUGCCUGGCACUGCUCUCAUGCUCCUGCAAGUCCAGGCCUCCACCGGCAGCCUGACAGACCCUCUCAAGAACCAAAGCUACUCAGUGGAUGAGGCUGUCAGGGUCGGUCUUGUUGGCCCAGAGCUUUAUGAGAAACUGUCUUCAGCUGAGAAAGCCAUCACUGGGUACAGGGAUCCCUCCACUGGGGAAAUGCUCUCCCUGUUCCAAGCCAUCAGCAAGGGCUUUGUUCCCAGGGAUCACGGCCUUUGCCUUCUGGAAGCUCAGGUGGCCACGGGAGGUGUCAUUGCCCCUGGCAGGCACCUCCGUGUCCCCAUGGAGACAGCCUGUGAGUGGGGGUACCUGGAUGAGGCCACCAGGCAGCUCCUCUCCAGCCCCCCUGAUGACACGAAGGGGUUCUUCCACCCUGGCUCCAAUGAGAAGCUGAGCUAUGCAGAGCUCCUCCAGCGCUGCGUCACCAAUCCCAGCACAGGGCUCCUGCUGCUGCCCCUCGCUGGGGACAGCAGGGAAGGUUCCCAGGGAACACUCAGCUUCUUUGACCACAGGAUGCAGACAGCUCUGGAGAACACAGAGGUGCCUAUUGCUUCAGGCAAAUUCAAGGGCAAGUCGGUGUCUCUCUGGAAACUGCUCUUCUCUGACUACAUCCAGGGUGAGCAAAGAGCUGAGCUCGCCCAGCAGCUCCUGGCAGGAAUGCUCUCCCUGCAAGGACUGGGAGAGGCCGUCAGAGUCGCUGUUGAGGAAAAGGCUGCCACUGCUAAUGUCACCUUCAAGGGCCUGAGGGACCAGGUGACAGCUGACCAGCUCCUGAGCUCAGAAAUUAUCAAUAAAGACUUGUUUAAGAAGCUCAAGGAGGGAGAAACAUCAGCCAAAGAAGUCGUCAGCAUGGACACUGUCAGGAAGUACCUGCAGGGCACAGGGAGCAUUGGGGGCCUGCUGCUGCCCGACUCCCAGGAGAAGAUCAGCAUCUACCAGGCAAAGCGGAAGGGACUUCUAAGGCCAGGAACAUCUCUGAUUCUCCUGGAGGCCCAGGCUGCCACAGGGUUUGUCAUCGACCCAGCUGCCAACAAGAGGUAUUCCGUGGAUGAGGCUUUACGAGCAAAUGUUAUCGGCCCGGACGUUUACGACAAGCUGCUGGCUGCGGAGAAAUCUGUCACUGGCUACAGAGAUCCUUACUCAGGGGGGAAGAUCUCCCUAUUCCAGGCCAUGCAGAAGGAGCUGAUCGUCAGGGACCACGGCAUCCGCCUGCUCGAGGCCCAGAUCGCCACCGGCGGCAUCAUCGACCCCGUCAACAGCCACCGCAUCCCUGUGGAGGUGGCCUACAAGCGUGGCUACUUCGACAAGAAGAUGAAUUUGGUCCUCUCUGACCCCAGCGAUGACACCAAGGGCUUCUUCGACCCCAACACACACGAGAACCUGACAUACCUGCAGCUAAAGGAGAAAUGCAUCACCGAGCCCUCCACUGGGCUCUGCCUCCUCCCCCUGAACAGCAGGAAGCGGCAGUUCAUCGAUGAGGCCACCAGGCAGGUGUUCAGGAACUCCUGGCUGCCUGUCAGGUUUGGGCGCUUACGUGGGGAGAAGGUCUCCAUGUGGGACCUGCUGAACUCCGAGUACUUCAGCGAGGGGAGGCGCCGGGAGAUUUUCAACCACUUCCAGCUGAAGAAGAUCAGCCUGGAGCAAAUCCGACUCAUGUUGGAGGAGGAAGUGAAGAAAUGGGUUCCCAUCAAGUUCCCGGCCAUGAGAGGCAAUGUCAGUGCUUAUCACCUGAUGGAAACCGGUGUCAUCAACAGGGCCCUGUUUGAGCAGGUGCUGGAGGGAUCCGUCAGCCCAGAACAAGUCCUGCACAUGGACUCAGUCAGGAAGUACCUCUAUGGCUCGGGCAGCAUCGGGGGCAUUGUGCUCCAGCCAUCCAACCGGAGGAUGAGCAUUUAUGAGGCCAUGAAGCAGAACAUCAUGGUGCCAGGAGUAGCCCUGCCCCUGUUGGAGGCCCAGGCUGCUACAGGCUUCAUUAUUGACCCUGUGAACAACCAGAAGCUCCGCGUGGAUGAGGCCGUCAAGGAGGGAGUCAUUGGGCCAGAUGUCCACGAGAAGCUGCAGCACGCCGAAGGGGCUGUGACAGGCUACAAAGACCCUUUCACAGGCAAGAAGAUCCCCCUUUUCCAGGCGAUGAAGAAGGGCCUGAUCACAGAUAAGCAGGCCAUGCAGCUCAUGGAGGUGCAGAUGGCCACGGGAGGAAUCAUUGACCCAACGUGUGGCCACUAUAUCCCGCUUGAGUCGGCCCAGCAGAGAGGCUGCCUGGAUGAGGACACAAGCAAGGCCCUUUCCAAGCCCAGUGACGACCACAGAGUCUUCUGCCUCCCGGAGAGCAAAGAGAGUUUGACCUAUGCUGAGCUCAUCCAGCGCUGCCAGAAAGAUGACGCCUCUGGCUUCCACUUGCUGCCUCUGGCACAGACAGCCACUCCUGCCUACACCGAUGAUCAAAUCCAACGGAUCUUCAAGGAAACUAUAGUGAAGGAAAAAGGAGUCUCCCUCUGGGAGCUCGUGCACUUGGGGUAUUUCACUGAGGAGCAGAGGAGCAGCUUCACGGAGAGGUUCCGCUCAGAGGAGCUGUCACUGGAGCAGCUGGUUGCUCUUGUGCUCAGGCUGGUGGGAGAGAUGGAGAUGAAAGCCAAGACCCAGAUCUCCCUGGAAGGCCUGAGGGGUAGUGUCCCAGUGGUCUGGCUGCUGGACACGGGCAUAAUUUCUGAGAAGACAUUUGAAGAACUGGCUCAGGGUGUGAGAACUCCUGAAGAAGUAGCUGCAAUGGAGAGCGUAAAGAGGUACUUGAAGGGCACAGGCAGCAUUGCUGGGGUCUUCAUAGAGGCAUCCAAACAGAAGAUGAGCUUCUAUGACGCCAUGAAAAACAAUCUGCUCCUUCCUGGGGCUGCUCUGAGGCUGCUUGAGGCCCAGGCAGCCACAGGAUACCUGACUGACCCUGCUACAAACCGGAGGCUCAGUGUGAGGGACGCUGUGAGAGCGGCUCUUGUUGGAGAAGAGCUUACUGAGAAACUCCUCCUGGCCGAGAGGGCUGUCACAGGCUACACAGACCCCUACACCGGGAGCUCCAUCUCCCUGUGCCAAGCGCUCAGGAAAGAGCUCAUCCCCCUGGCAGAGGCUGUGCCCUUGCUGGAGGCCCAGCUGGCCACGGGAGGGGUUGUGGAUCCUAUCCACCACCUUCACCUGCCGCUCCAGGCUGCCUGCAGGUAUGGCUUCUACGACGAGGACCUGAACCAAACCCUCUCUCAGCUCGAUGACAACACCAAGAUCUUUUUUGACCCAAACACCAAGGACAACGUGACCUACCAGCAGCUGAAAGACCGGUGCGUUCGUGAGGCUGAGUCGGGUCUGUGGCUCCUGCCUCUGUCAGAAAACGCAAUGUUCUGUGUGGAUGAGCAGACCAUGAAGGUGCUGAAAUCUGUGACUGUUUGUGUCAAUGUGGGGCGGUUCAAAGGACAGACUGUAUCUGUCUGGGACCUCCUCAACUCUGAAUACUUCUCAGACAGCAAGAGAAGAGAGCUGGUGCAGAAGUACAAAGAUGAGAAGGCUGAAGUGCUACAGGAAAUCACAACAGUUAUCACCACAAUCAUCCAAGAGACCGAGGCACAAGGCAAGAAGUUUGCAUUCAAGGGCCUGCGGAAAAGAGUGUCCGCCAGUGACCUCUUCCAGUCCCAGCUGAUAGACAAAAAAACCCUCGACGAGCUCAACCAAGGGAAGAAAACCGUCAAAGAAGUUACUGAAAUGGAGUCUGUCCGCAGGUACCUGGAGGGCAGCAAUUUCAUAGCAGGCGUCCUUAUCCAGCCAAGCAAUGAGAAGAUGAGCAUCUACCAAGCCAUGUGGAAGGGCAUCCUGAGGCCAGGGACUGCCCUGGUGCUGCUGGAGGCACAGGCAGCCACUGGCUAUAUCAUCGACCCUGAGAAAAACAAGAAGUUUUCAGUGGAGGAAGCGUUAGAGGUGGGGCUGAUUGGAGGGGAGAUUUUUGAGAAGCUGCUCUCUGCAGAGAGAGCUGUGACGGGCUACACUGACCCCUACACCAAAGCCCCAAUGUCCCUGUUUGAAGCCAUGAAUCAAGGGCUGAUUGUGAAGAGCCAUGGCAUCCGCCUGCUCGAGGCCCAGAUCGCCACCGGCGGCAUCAUCGACCCCGUGCACAGCCACCGCCUGCCCGUGGAGGUGGCCUACAAGCGUGGCUACUUCAACCAGGAGAUGAACCAGAUCCUGUCUGACCCCACUGAUGACACCAAGGGCUUCUUUGACCCCAACACCCACGAGAACCUGACAUACAUGCAACUACUGGAAAGAUGUGUCCAAGACCCAGAGACUGGGUUGUACAUGCUGCAAGUUGUAAAGGAGGGAGGGAAGUACUUCUAUAUUGAUGAGUCCACAAAGCAGAUUCUGCGCUCAAAGCCCCUCCAGGUGAGAGUUGGGAAGUUUAAGGACCAAACAGUUUCUGUCUGGGAAGUACUCUGCUCUCACUACAUCUCAGAGCAGAAGAGGAAAGAGCUGGUGAUGCAGUACAAAAGCAAAACCCUAAUGCUGGAAGACCUGAUAUCCCUCAUCUUAAAAAUUAUCAAGGACACAGAGCAAAGAGGAGAAGCCCUCAAGGUCAAAGGACUGCGAGGGGAGGUGUCAGUGUCAGAAUUGUUCAACUCUGAGAUAAUUGACAAGAAAACUCUGGAUCAGCUGCAAGAUGGGAGUCUCACACUUGCCAGCCUCAUGAAGAGGGAAACCAUCCAAAGGUACCUGGACGGCACUGGGUGCAUCUCUGGGGUUCUCCUCCCGCUGAGGAAAGAGGUGAUGAGCAUCUACCAGGCACUGAAGAAAGGGCUCCUCACAGAGCAGUGUGCACUGGGGCUGCUGGAGGCACAGGCAGCCACCGGAUUCCUCCUUGACCCCCAGAACAACCAGAAGCUCUCUGUGGACGAGGCCCUCUUGUCUGGGCUGGUGGGCAGCGAGCUCCGUGAGCCACUGCUGUUGGCAGAGAAAGCCGUGAAGGGAUACACAGACCCUCAAACAGGAAGUAAAAUAUCUCUCUUCCAGGCUGUAAGACAGAAGAUAAUAGUCAGGGAUCAUGGCCUCCGCCUGCUCGAGGCGCAGCUUGCCACUGGUGGCAUCAUCGACCCCGACCAUGGCCACCGUCUGCCUGUGGAGGUGGCCUACAAGCGUGGACACCUGGAUGAGAGCAUGUUCCUGCUGCUUUCAGAUCCAGACCACGGCAGCAAGGGAUUUAUAGAUCCAAACACUCAUGAGAAGAUCAGUUACAGCCAGCUCCAGCAGAGGUGUGCCAAGGACAGGGAGAGCGGCUUGUACCUGCUGCAGGUCCUGGAGAAGGAGGGCGAAUAUUUCUACAUCGAUGAGCAAACAAAAAACGCCCUGCUGUGUACAAAGGUCCAGGUGCCUGUGGGAAAAUACAAGGGACAAGUGUUAUCGUUGUGGGAACUUCUCUGCUCUGAGUACAUCACAGAGGAGAAAAGAAAAGAACUGGUGAAAAAAUACAAAGUGGAGUCCCAACACAUUGUGCAAGGAAUCAUUGAGACAAUACUAAAGAUCAUUAGAGAAAAAGAAGAGGACAGAAGUGAUGUCUGGUUCCAGGGAAUCCGACAGCAAAUUACAGCAUCGGAGCUGCUCAGUGCACAAAUAAUUACAGAGGAAACAAUGGAAAAACUUCAAGAAGGAAAAGAGACAGCCCAAGGAAUAGCACAACUGGAGAGUGUGAGGAGGUACCUAGAGGGAACGGGAAGCAUUGCUGGCGUGCUGGUGCCCUCCAAGGCCCAGUCCGGCAAGAUGGAGAAAAUGAGCAUCUACCAGGCCAUGUGGAAGGGCAUCCUGAGGCAGGGCACGGCGCUGGUGCUGCUGGAGGCGCAGGCGGCCACCGGCUUCAUCAUCGACCCCGUCAAGAACCAGAAGCUCUCCGUGGACGAGGCCGUGUCCUCCGGCCUGGUGGGCAGUGAACUAAAAAACAAACUUCUCAGUGCCGAGAGAGCUGUUACAGGCUACAACCACCCCUACACAGGACAAAAAAUGUCCCUGUUCCAGGCCAUGAAGAAGGAGCUGAUCGUCAGGGACCACGGCAUCCGCCUGCUCGAGGCCCAGAUCGCCACCGGCGGCAUCAUCGACCCCGUGCACAGCCACCGCCUGCCCGUGGAGGUGGCCUACAAGCGUGGCUACUUUGACCAGGAGAUGAGCCAGACACUGUCCAACCCCAGCGAUGACACCAAGGGCUUCUUCGACCCCAACACACACGAGAACCUGACAUACCUGCAGCUGCUGCGCCGCUGCGUGCCUGACCCCGACACGGGGCUGCUCAUGCUGCAGCUGAUGGACAAGGGCUCCGUGCUCUACCAGCUGACCGAGGAUGCCCGCAAAGCCCUGCAGGCCGCCCGCACCACGCUGGCUCCGGGGCUCUUCCAGGGCCAGAGCGUCACCGUCUGGGAGCUCCUCUUCUCCCGCUACAUCCCUGAGCACCGGCGCCAGGAGCUCCUGCGCCAGUACAAGGCGGGGACGGUCACCAUUGCACAGCUGAUCGAGCUCCUCACGGCCAUCGUCACCAGGGCCGAGGCCCACGGACACAGUGCCAAUGUGGCCCCCAAGGCCACCGAGAGGGAGGACCUGCCUGACCCCAUGCAGAACAACAGUGCCUCAAACUCCCAGAAGGAACUGGAAAAGAAGCAGGAGCAGGAGCGGGAGCUGGAGCUGGAGCGGUCCCUCAAGUCCCACACGGUCGAGGUCUCGGCAGGCGGCUUCCACGGCAGGAAGGUGUCCCUGUGGGAGCUGCUCUUCUCCAAGUUCGUGUCAGAGGCCAAGCGUGGGGAGCUGCUGGGGCAGUUGCGGACCGGGAGCCUGGCGCUGGCCGAGCUGGCCACGCUCCUCACCCUGCUGGUGGAGGAGGCGGCGCAGCGCAGCAGCAGCGUGAAAUUCACGGGCCUCAGGAGGCAGGUGAGCGCCUCGGACCUGCUGGACUCGGGCAUCAUCGACACGGGCACGCUGGCCGAGCUGGUGCAGGGCUCCAGGACGGUGCAGGAGGUGACACAAAUGGCCUCGGUCAAGCGCUACCUGGACGGCACGGGUGUCAUCGCUGGCGUGCUGGUGCCCUCCAAGGCUGAGCCUGGCAGGACGGAGAAGAUGAGCAUCUACCAGGCCAUGUGGAAGGGCAUCCUGAGGCAGGGCACGGCGCUGGUGCUGCUGGAGGCGCAGGCGGCCACCGGCUUCAUCAUCGACCCCGUCAAGAACCAGAAGCUCUCCGUGGACGAGGCCGUGUCCUCCGGCCUGGUGGGCAGCGAGCUGCAUGAGAAGCUGCUGUCGGCCGAGCGGGCCGUGACGGGCUACUCUGACCCCUACACGGGCGACAAAAUCUCCCUGUUCCAGGCCAUGAAGAAGGAGCUGAUCGUCAGGGACCACGGCAUCCGCCUGCUCGAGGCCCAGAUCGCCACCGGCGGCAUCAUCGACCCCGUGCACAGCCACCGCCUGCCCGUGGAGGUGGCCUACAAGCGUGGCUACUUUGACCAGGAGAUGAGCCAGACACUGUCCAACCCCAGCGAUGACACCAAGGGCUUCUUCGACCCCAACACCCACGAGAACCUGACGUACCUGCAGCUGCUGCGCCGCUGCGUGCCUGACCCCGACACGGGGCUGCUCAUGCUGCAGCUGAUGGACAAGGGCUCCGUGCUCUACCAGCUGACCGAGGAUGCCCGCAAAGCCCUGCAGGCCGCCCGCACCACGCUGGCUCCGGGGCUCUUCCAGGGCCAGAGCGUCACCGUCUGGGAGCUCCUCUUCUCCCGCUACAUCCCUGAGCACCGGCGCCAGGAGCUCCUGCGCCAGUACAAGGCGGGGACGGUCACCAUUGCACAGCUGAUCGAGCUCCUCACGGCCAUCGUCACCAGGGCCGAGGCCCACGGACACAGUGCCAAUGUGGCCCCCAAGGCCACCGAGAGGGAGGACCUGCCUGACCCCAUGCAGAACAACAGUGCCUCAAACUCCCAGAAGGAACUGGAAAAGAAGCAGGAGCAGGAGCGGGAGCUGGAGCUGGAGCGGUCCCUCAAGUCCCACACGGUCGAGGUCUCGGCAGGCGGCUUCCACGGCAGGAAGGUGUCCCUGUGGGAGCUGCUCUUCUCCAAGUUCGUGUCAGAGGCCAAGCGUGGGGAGCUGCUGGGGCAGUUGCGGACCGGGAGCCUGGCGCUGGCCGAGCUGGCCACGCUCCUCACCCUGCUGGUGGAGGAGGCGGCGCAGCGCAGCAGCAGCGUGAAAUUCACGGGCCUCAGGAGGCAGGUGAGCGCCUCGGACCUGCUGGACUCGGGCAUCAUCGACACGGGCACGCUGGCCGAGCUGGUGCAGGGCUCCAGGACGGUGCAGGAGGUGACGCAAAUGGCCUCGGUCAAGCGCUACCUGGACGGCACGGGUGUCAUCGCUGGCGUGCUGGUGCCCUCCAAGGCUGAGCCUGGCAGGACGGAGAAGAUGAGCAUCUACCAGGCCAUGUGGAAGGGCAUCCUGAGGCAGGGCACGGCGCUGGUGCUGCUGGAGGCGCAGGCGGCCACCGGCUUCAUCAUCGACCCCGUCAAGAACCAGAAGCUCUCCGUGGACGAGGCCGUGUCCUCCGGCCUGGUGGGCAGCGAGCUGCAUGAGAAGCUGCUGUCGGCCGAGCGGGCCGUGACGGGCUACUCUGACCCCUACACGGGCGACAAAAUCUCCCUGUUCCAGGCCAUGAAGAAGGAGCUGAUCGUCAGGGACCACGGCAUCCGCCUGCUCGAGGCCCAGAUCGCCACCGGCGGCAUCAUCGACCCCGUGCACAGCCACCGCCUGCCCGUGGAGGUGGCCUACAAGCGUGGCUACUUUGACCAGGAGAUGAGCCAGAUCCUGUCCGACCCCAGCGAUGACACCAAGGGCUUCUUCGACCCCAACACCCACGAGAACCUGACGUACCUGCAGCUGCUGCGCCGCUGCGUGCCUGACCCCGACACGGGGCUGCUCAUGCUGCAGCUGAUGGACAAGGGCUCCGUGCUCUACCAGCUGACCGAGGAUGCCCGCAAAGCCCUGCAGGCCGCCCGCACCACGCUGGCUCCGGGGCUCUUCCAGGGCCAGAGCGUCACCGUCUGGGAGCUCCUCUUCUCCCGCUACAUCCCUGAGCACCGGCGCCAGGAGCUCCUGCGCCAGUACAAGGCGGGGACGGUCACCAUUGCACAGCUGAUCGAGCUCCUCACGGCCAUCAUCACCAGGGCCGAGGCCCACGGCCACAGUGCCAAUGUGGCCCCCAAGGCCACCGAGAGGGAGGACCUGCCUGACCCCAUGCAGAACAACAGUGCCUCAAACUCCCAGAAGGAACUGGAAAAGAAGCAGGAGCAGGAGCGGGAGCUGGAGCUGGAGCGGUCCCUCAAGUCCCACACGGUCGAGGUCUCGGCAGGCGGCUUCCACGGCAGGAAGGUGUCCCUGUGGGAGCUGCUCUUCUCCAAGUUCGUGUCAGAGGCCAAGCGUGGGGAGCUGCUGGGGCAGUUGCGGACCGGGAGCCUGGCGCUGGUCGAGCUGGCCACGCUCCUCACCCUGCUGGUGGAGGAGGCGGCGCAGCGCAGCAGCAGCGUGAAAUUCACGGGCCUCAGGAGGCAGGUGAGCGCCUCGGACCUGCUGGACUCGGGCAUCAUCGACACGGGCACGCUGGCCGAGCUGGUGCAGGGCUCCAGGACGGUGCAGGAGGUGACGCAAAUGGCCUCGGUCAAGCGCUACCUGGACGGCACGGGUGUCAUCGCUGGCGUGCUGGUGCCCUCCAAGGCUGAGCCUGGCAGGACGGAGAAGAUGAGCAUCUACCAGGCCAUGUGGAAGGGCAUCCUGAGGCAGGGCACGGCGCUGGUGCUGCUGGAGGCGCAGGCGGCCACCGGCUUCAUCAUCGACCCCGUCAAGAACCAGAAGCUCUCCGUGGACGAGGCCGUGUCCUCCGGCCUGGUGGGCAGCGAGCUGCAUGAGAAGCUGCUGUCGGCCGAGCGGGCCGUGACGGGCUACUCUGACCCCUACACGGGCGACAAAAUCUCCCUGUUCCAGGCCAUGAAGAAGGAGCUGAUCGUCAGGGACCACGGCAUCCGCCUGCUCGAGGCCCAGAUCGCCACCGGCGGCAUCAUCGACCCCGUGCACAGCCACCGCCUGCCCGUGGAGGUGGCCUACAAGCGUGGCUACUUUGACCAGGAGAUGAGCCAGACACUGUCCAACCCCAGCGAUGACACCAAGGGCUUCUUCGACCCCAACACCCACGAGAACCUGACGUACCUGCAGCUGCUGCGCCGCUGCGUGCCUGACCCCGACACGGGGCUGCUCAUGCUGCAGCUGAUGGACAAGGGCUCCGUGCUCUACCAGCUGACCGAGGAUGCCCGCAAAGCCCUGCAGGCCGCCCGCACCACGCUGGCUCCGGGGCUCUUCCAGGGCCAGAGCGUCACCGUCUGGGAGCUCCUCUUCUCCCGCUACAUCCCUGAGCACCGGCGCCAGGAGCUCCUGCGCCAGUACAAGGCGGGGACGGUCACCAUUGCACAGCUGAUCGAGCUCCUCACGGCCAUCAUCACCAGGGCCGAGGCCCACGGCCACAGUGCCAAUGUGGCCCCCAAGGCCGCCGAGAGGGAGGACCUGCCUGACCCCAUGCAGAACAACAGUGCCUCAAACUCCCAGAAGGAACUGGAAAAGAAGCAGGAGCAGGAGCGGGAGCUGGAGCUGGAGCGGUCCCUCAAGUCCCACACGGUCGAGGUCUCGGCAGGCGGCUUCCACGGCAGGAAGGUGUCCCUGUGGGAGCUGCUCUUCUCCAAGUUCGUGUCAGAGGCCAAGCGUGGGGAGCUGCUGGGGCAGUUGCGGACCGGGAGCCUGGCGCUGGCCGAGCUGGCCACGCUCCUCACCCUGCUGGUGGAGGAGGCGGCGCAGCGCAGCAGCAGCGUGAAAUUCACGGGCCUCAGGAGGCAGGUGAGCGCCUCGGACCUGCUGGACUCGGGCAUCAUCGACACGGGCACGCUGGCCGAGCUGGUGCAGGGCUCCAGGACGGUGCAGGAGGUGACGCAAAUGGCCUCGGUCAAGCGCUACCUGGACGGCACGGGUGUCAUCGCUGGCGUGCUGGUGCCCUCCAAGGCUGAGCCUGGCAGGACGGAGAAGAUGAGCAUCUACCAGGCCAUGUGGAAGGGCAUCCUGAGGCAGGGCACGGCGCUGGUGCUGCUGGAGGCGCAGGCGGCCACCGGCUUCAUCAUCGACCCCGUCAAGAACCAGAAGCUCUCCGUGGACGAGGCCGUGUCCUCCGGCCUGGUGGGCAGCGAGCUGCAUGAGAAGCUGCUGUCGGCCGAGCGGGCCGUGACGGGCUACUCUGACCCCUACACGGGCGACAAAAUCUCCCUGUUCCAGGCCAUGAAGAAGGAGCUGAUCGUCAGGGACCACGGCAUCCGCCUGCUCGAGGCCCAGAUCGCCACCGGCGGCAUCAUCGACCCCGUGCACAGCCACCGCCUGCCCGUGGAGGUGGCCUACAAGCGUGGCUACUUUGACCAGGAGAUGAGCCAGACACUGUCCAACCCCAGCGAUGACACCAAGGGCUUCUUCGACCCCAACACCCACGAGAACCUGACGUACCUGCAGCUGCUGCGCCGCUGCGUGCCUGACCCCGACACGGGGCUUUAUUUCCUUAAUAUUUUCAGAAAAUAUGGCCACGUGUGUGGCACUGUCCUCCUGAAGGUGUUGGUGGCCAGGCACCCCAUGGGCCACCACGAAGGCUCAGCCACCCCGGGCACAGCAGCCACGUUAUGGGGGUCCUCAAAAACAAUAUUCACAGCCAUGGAAAUGACGGUCCCCCCGCAGUUCCCGAGCCUACUCCCGGCACUGGAGCUGCUCCUUGCCCGGGAUUUUCGGCACAUGAAACUGCUCCGUGCCCGGGAUUUUCGGCACACGGAGCUGCUCCCUGCCCGGCAUUUUCGGCACACGGAGCUGCUCCGUGCCCGGCAUUUUCGGCACACGAGCUCCACCGUGGGUCGGGCCAGGCACGGGGGCACCGGGCGCUGCCGGAUUUCUCCGCUCAGCGGUGUCAAACAGAUCGAAGUCCGUGGGACAAACUGGCCGAGCCCUGCGCUCCGGGUUCCCCCCAUCCCGUGCGGCUGCUGCCUCAAUCCAGCUGAUUUUGGACAGAAAGGGAAAACGCCGCUCAGGAGCAGAUCCUCGGGAGGAGGAGGAAGAGGGGAGGAAGAGGAUCGGAGCCUGCCGGCCAUCCAGCCGCUCUGGAUAUACGUCCAGGAGGUAGGCAGGGCCCACCUGCGGGUCACCGAGGCCACCACAGGGGACCUGCAGGGGAAACGGGGACCUCACUUCUAUCCCAAACUCCAGCGUGGGGAGGGGGAGACUGUUGAAACUCCCGGGACUGUACUUCAGGUGAACGGGGAUGCGGGAGGGAAAGAGCCGGAGCUGCGGGACCCGCCUGAGCCCUCCGGCAGGCGGGGCUGGAGCGAUGGGGAUCGGCUGGAGCGGUGGAGAUCGCUGGGAACAGGGGAUGGAGCGGUGGGGAUCGCUGGGAACAGGGGAUGGAGCGGGCUGGGGUCCCCCUCGCUGCGGGACCACCCCGGCUCGCUCCAGCUGGAAAAUCGCUUCUACUGGAACCUCCUGGGCUGGGCUGCUGCCACAGCCCGCAGAGCCACCCCCUGCCCCGGGAGCUGCAUGUGCAGCCCAGCCCCGGCAUCAGGAGGGAGAGGCUUCCCCCACACCCACCGGGAAAACCGCACACGGAUUCGUGUCUUACCACUGGCUUUGUUUGUUCCUCCCUCCUCAGACACACUCAGCGCCCCACAGGAGCAGGAUUCUUCCCCAGAGACGACGGAGAAGAUGAGUGGAUGGUCCCAGAACAGCAAAUCCUCAGGGAGUCACCUGGCUGCAGGUGAACACAAAGGGAUGGGUGGGGCUGGGGGUACCUUCAUCGCCGGAGUCUUCAUCCAGGCCAAGAACAAGAAAUUGAGCAUCUACGAGGCCAUGAUGAGGGGGCUGCUGAGUCCGGGCACGGCGCUGGUGCUGCUGGAGGCACAGGCUGCCUCGGGGCUGCUCACGGACCCCGUGAGGAACGAGCAGCUCUCGGUGAAGGAGGCACUGGCCCGGGGACUCAUCGGCCGGGACUUCUACGAGAAGCUGCUCUCAGCAGAGGGAGCCGUGGCAGGGUACACAGAGCCCUACACCGGGCACAGGAUCUCCCUGUUCCAGGCCAUGAGGAAGGAAUUCCUUGUCAGGGACCACGGCAUCCGCCUGCUCCAGGCCCAGAUCGCCACCGGCGGCAUCAUCGACCCCGAGCAUGGCCACCGUGUGCCCGUGGAGGUGGCCUAUGAGCGUGGCUACUUUGACCAGGAGAUGAGCCAGUUCCUUUCGAACCCCGAGAACCAAACGAGGACCUGCUUCGACCCCAACACCCACGAGAACCUGACGUACCUGCAGCUGCUGCGCCGCUGCGUGCCUGACCCCGACACGGGGCUGCUCAUGCUGCAGCUGAUGGACAAGGGCUCCGUGCUCUACCAGCUGACCGAGGAUGCCCGCAAAGCCCUGCAGGCCGCCCGCACCACGCUGGCUCCGGGGCUCUUCCAGGGCCAGAGCGUCACCGUCUGGGAGCUCCUCUUCUCCCGCUACAUCCCUGAGCACCAGCGCCAGGAGCUGCUGAGGAAAUUCAAGGCGGGGGCAGUGACUGUCCAGCAGAUGAUGAACCUCCUCACGGCCACCAUCGUGGGGGCAGAAAGGGAGAAUGGGGCUCUGGGCUCAUCCACAGCCAAACCCUGCAAGGAGGUGAGGGCAUCACCCCCAGCCCAGGACAUGCAGGCCCAGGAGCAGCAGCUGAGAAAAUCCUUAAAGUCUGCAAGCGUCCGUGUCACUGCUGGGGAGUUCCAGGGACAAAACAUCUCUGUGCUGGACCUGCUCUUCUCCAGGUACGUCCCUCAGGGGAAGCGUCAGGAGCUGCUGGAGCUGUACAGGGCAGGGAUACUGAGCACAGAGCAGGUGGCCACUGUGCUCACCACCAUGGUGAACCGAACAGAGGCUGCCAACACUGCGCUCGUGGCCAAUGCCAGGAGCCCCCACAGGGUAGAGGCGGCGGCAGGGGAGGAUGAGGAGGAUGGUUCAGCACACCUGGAUGAUGCCUUGAAGUCCACAACCAUGGAUGUGCCAGCUGGGGAGCUGCAGGGCAGGCAGGUGUCCCUGUGGGACCUGCUCUUCUCCCGCUACAUCCCCGAGGAGAAGCGGCAGGAGCUGCUGGAGCUGUACCGUGAGAGGUUAUUAACUCUGGAGAUGAUGACAACUGUUGUCAGCACUCUCAUUAAGAAAAAAGAAUCAACAGGCAGGAAAUUCCACAUUGCAGUCAAGAGCUCCAACCAGGACGCUGUGACAGCUGGACAGGAGGGUGACAACCCCCCCAAAGAAGAACCAUGGGAAACAACCUUAAAAACCACAAUGGUCGAUGUAGAGGCUGCAGAGUUUCGGGGCCACAAAGUCUCACUCUGGGACCUGCUCCACUCCCGGUACAUCCCUGAGGAGAACAGGAGGGAGCUGCUGGAGCUGUAUCAGGCAGGUGAGCUGACCCUGGAGCAGGUCAAGACUGUGGUGAGCACCAUUGUGACCAGGGCAGCAGCAGCAGCAGCGAGGGCAGAGCCAGCAGUGCCUGUGAGUGGUCCCAGGACAGAGCCAGUGGCCACAGAGGCUGAGCCCAGCCCCCUGCACGGGGAUAGGGCCUGGGAAGAGACCCUGAAGGCCACCAGAACCGAGGUGUCAGUGGGGGAGUUCCAGGGCAGGCAGGUGUCCCUGUGGGACCUGCUCUUCUCCCGCUACAUCCCCGAGGAGAAGCAGCAGGAGCUGCUGGAGCUGUACCGUGGGGGGACACUGCCCUUGGAGCAGUUAAUACUUGUUGUCAGCACUCUCAUUAAGAAAAAAGAAUCAACAGGAAGGAAAUUCCACAUUGCAGUCAAGAGCUCCAACCAGGACGCUGUGACAGCUGGACAGGAGGGUGACAACCCCCCCAAAGAAGAACCAUGGGAAACAACCUUAAAAACCACAAUGGUCGAUGUAGAGGCUGCAGAGUUUCGGGGCCACAAAGUCUCACUCUGGGACCUGCUCCACUCCCGGUACAUCCCUGAGGAGAACAGGAGGGAGCUGCUGGAGCUGUAUCAGGCAGGUGAGCUGACCCUGGAGCAGGUCAAGACUGUGGUGAGCACCAUUGUGACCAGGGCAGCAGCAGCAGCAGCAGCAGCGAGGGCAGAGCCAGCAGUGCCUGUGAGUGGUCCCAGGACAGAGCCAGCAGUGCCUGUGAGUGACCUCAGGACAGAGCCAGUGGCCACAGAGGCUGAGCCCAGCCCCCUGCACGGGGAUAGGGCCUGGGAAGAGACCCUGAAGGCCACCAGAACCGAGGUGUCAGUGGGGGAGUUCCAGGGCAGGCAGGUGUCCCUGUGGGACCUGCUCUUCUCCCGCUACAUCCCCGAGGAGAAGCGGCAGGAGCUGCUGGAGCUGUACCGUGGGGGGACACUGCCCAUCCAGAAGCUGCUCAGCACCACCAGUAGCCUGGCCAGUGACAGCCUCGAGAAGCACUUCAGGGCUCUUCCCGAGCACACCAUGGAUCUCCUGCGCUCCGAGGGCUCCUACAUCACGUUCGGGCCGUGCCAGGAGCGCAGGGUGUCGGUGUGGGAGCUGCUGUCCUCCCGGCAGGUCUCCGAGUACAGGCGGGAGGCGUGUCUGGACACCUACCCCUCGGGAGGACUGACGGUGAACAGGAUCACCAUCACCACCACCAUCAGCACUGGCCCCCAGCUGGAGAAGACCCGGCCCCAGCACCACUGACACAGCCCCGGCACC